UUUUGUGUGUUUUGCUACGUUUUUUUCUUCUUGUCCAAAUUCUACUUGCCCACUGAUUUAUAGUAAGAUGGGCAGGCCAGUAUUGUCAAAUGAAGGGAUAUCCACCCUGAUUUUAUUCCCUGUAGGAUGGGCAGGCCAGUACUGUCAAACACAGGGAUAUUGUUAUGAAUGAAAUUAGACAACUAGGUCUAUAGAGUUAACAGAAAUUUAAUUGAAAAUAAAAACAAUUCAGUGAAUUGAAUAGCAAUUUGGUAUAAAAUAAUACAAUUUAGUGAAUGUAUUCAAGUAUAUAUAUGUAUAUAUACAUGUAUGUAAUUUUCCAGUAAUUAAACAUGAUUAAAACAUAAGCAAAACUGACCAGGGUACGGAGAGGGCUUCUCACCCUUCCUCACGUACAAAACAAAGCAAUUCAAAUUAAACUUAUAUACUAUGUGCUUAUACAUAUUAAUUUAUGUUUCCUAUAAGUUUCCUCCCACUUUAAAUUCUUAAAUUCUACGUCACUAUACUUCAUAGCAUAUAUGCUUCACUUGUUGUUAGGGGUCUUCAGUCUUCUUUUGGUGGUCUUUGGACGAAGGUUUACACUCAUCCUCGUUGUCCUCUGGAUGGCCUCACAGGUUGUGUGUGUGUACUAAGUGUUGUGUUAUGUAAGUAAGCAUUAUGUUCCAAUAAUUAGCCUUGCAUUUAAUAGAUAAAACCAUAAUUUCAGACCCUAUGCUUGAAGUUGUUCCAACUUUGUCCAUCUCAAGGUCGAUUCUGUCUGGAGACAUUACUUAUCUUAAAACUACAUCCUGUAUCCUAUUUUUAACAUGUAACAUCUGCAAAGGAGUCCAUCUGCCUUGUAACACUUAAUUCCCUUUAUUGCUUUCUAAUAAUAACUUUCCAAAUAGUUACAAUUUAGUUAGCACGAAUCAUCUCCAUUUAUCACAGAUAUCCAUCCUGAUUUUAUUCUCAGAAAAACAGGCAGGCCAGUAGUGUCAAAUGCAGGGAUACCCAUCCUGAUUUUAUUCCCUGUCGGAUGGACAGGCCAGGAGUGUCAAACACAGGGAUAUCCAUCCUGCUAUCCAUCCUGAUUUUAUUUUAUCCAUCUUUAUUUUAUUUUAGGAAAAUGAGCGGGCCAGGAGUGUCAAACACAGGGAUGUCCAUCCUGAUGCCUUCCCUCACUGAGCACUUAAGCUCAGUUUGGCAUCUUGAGUGCUGAGCUCUUGGCAGGUGUUUCUAUACUGAUGAUUAAUUUCAGCAGAGUAGCCAUCAUGACAGGCCAUGCAAAAUAAAUGCUACAGAAUCACAGCCCUGCUAAUUUGCUGCAAUUCAUGGAGAAAAGCCAGCAUACAGCAUUUGCUGACAAGAUUUCUCUCUCCAAUUGAUUGCAGUUAACAUCAUGCUUCCCUUAGGCAGAUGAGGAUUAUAGAGCUCUGCCUUCAAGAAGGAAGGCAUUUGCUAAUUGCAUUCAUUAAUUACAUGGACUCUGAUGAAUGGCAUUCUCCAGUGUGGAAAAAUGUAAAAUAUUUGAUUGUGAGUAUUUAUGUGUAAUAAAAACGUAAAGCCUUUAGCCAAUGAUUUAAACAAAGAUUUAGUGGGACUAUCAGCCUGAAUAGCAAAGUGUGAAGUUCACGUCUUAACAUUUUAGUAAGUGAUGAAACUAAAGCCAGUACUUACAGCAGAGGCCAGCACACAACAAAAAUACCGCUGAACACAUAUGAUUUUUUUUAUCUAUUCAGACAAAUGUAGAAAAACUGAUCUAACGAAUUACAAAGCGUUAAGACUUUUUCACUGUUUGCUUCCUGUUGUCCCUUUGUCUAGUUUUAAGGACAACCUGCAAUAGCUAUUAGAUGAAGUUGUCCAUGAUUCUUCUGCUGUGAAAAAUUGUUGGGGCUGGAAUGAAAGUUUUAUUCAUGCAUCAUUCUGCUGGUUUGUGAAAACCACUGCAGAAGAAAGAAAACAAUUGCAAAACAAUGAGUUCAGUUUCUUGUUUGUUUGUACUUGCAGUCUUGCUCUUGUGGAAGCACAGGCCUGAAAUGCUUCUCUGGUCAUCAGUUUCAGGGGAGGCUCAAAAGCUGUGCCCUGAAGCAAGGAAGUCUGAGUUAUUGAAAAGAAAUUAGAGAGCAAGGUGAGGAAGGAAAAAGGAUAUGAAAAUACUAAAGCAUGGGUGAAGGAGAUCUAAGCAGGAAGACUGGAAAACAUUUCCUCUCCCUUCAGGUCACUUCCUGAUGCUUGUACUCCCAGGAUCAGCAUAGGAAAGGCCCCAGGAGCAAGAGAAGGCAGGUGAGGAAAGUUUGGUGACUAGGUGCUGAGAGGCUCCUCCUUUGCCUAUCAGUGCAGUGCUGUGCCUCUCUACUCUCCAGUCUCUUGAUUCUUAAACUAAUCUAAACUCUGACAUACCAGUCUUUCAUUCUCCUUCAAUGUUUGUGUGAAGCGUACUACACACCUUGAGUGGUGUGACAAGGCUGUCCAGUCUGAAUGUAUCACCAUCUAAAAACUUCAUUUAAAUGUGUUGGAUUCAGUUUCUCUCUUCAGACAGCUUGGAGCAUGUUUAUACAGUUUAUCAGAGUGGGCUAUAAAGAUGUUUUCUUCUACAGCUGACAGCAUCCACAUGAGACUAUUGCACCACAAGACGAACCAAUCCUUUAAAAUACAGACUGAAAUGCAAUGAAUUAGGACUACUAUGAUUAACAUCAGUUUUGUUUUGUUUUUUUUCUAUUUUUGUCCAUUUUUGAGCUGGCAGAUUGAUAAAUUUUAGGGAGAGGAAAUCCUUUAAUUGCUUGCCUUUAAAAAGAUGCUUUUGUAUGAAAGACUCAUCACUAUUAUAAAACCUGUAAUUAAUGGUGUCUCUUCAAACAACCUACUGAUAACCAUUGCUAUGUCCACAGGCCCUGCAAAUGCCAGUCUUCCUGCAAAAUCUGAAGAUUCAGUGGAAGAACCUUAAAUGGGAGUAGAUUGCUGUGUGUAUAUCUUCAGGGCAGAGGGUUGUUAAAAGGAAUUGUCAUCCAUAACUAUGAAAAACAACAUCCUGUGAGUUUGUUUCAAGCUCUGUGCCUCAUCACUUCCUUCAGAUAAGCUGUGCUCCAGUCUCUCCUGGGGAAGGCUGGUGUCCUUGGGGAAGCAUGGCAUUCCGUGGCUGGAAGUGGCUCCUCCUUUUGGGCAGGCAGAACACUCUUGCAAAGGUGUGGAGAAGCAGGAGGGGAGGCCCCUCUCUGUGCUGGAAGCGCUGCUGCCAUUGGAGCACAGGCAAGUCUCUGAACCCUGAGGUGAGGGCUUUUUUGGAGGAGAACACCGAGGUCACCAACAGCGGGCACCUCACACCAGAGAUCCGGCUGCGCCUCCUCACCCCUCGCUGCAGGUUCUGGAGAGAAAAGCCUGACCUGUGGCCUUAUGGGGACCCCUUCUGGGCAAUUUACUGGCCAGGAGGCCAAGCCCUCUCCAGGUACAUUUUAGAUAAUCCAAGUGUGGUUAAAGGGCGAUCAGUUCUGGAUCUUGGAAGUGGAUGUGGAGCAACAGCAAUAGCUGCUGUGAUGAGUGGUGCAUCCCACGUCCUUGCCAAUGACAUUGACCCUAUUGCAGGAAUGGCAAUGAUCUUGAACUGCGAACUGAACCACUUGAAUCCCUUCCCCAUCACCAUUAAGAACAUCAUCAAUUCAGAGGCUGGCAACUGGGACCUCAUAGUUCUAGGAGAUAUGUUUUAUGACGAACAACUUGCUGAUGGUCUGCACCACUGGCUGCAGAAGUGCAUCAGGAUUCACCAGACUGAAGUGCUGAUUGGUGACCCUGGCAGGCAUCAGUUUCUAAGCCACAGCAUUCACAGCCAGCUGCACAAAGUUAUAGAAUAUUCACUGCCUGAGUAUACGAGACAAGAAAAUUACGGGCUAACAUCAAGUAUCGUCUGGAGUUAUCAGCCCUCAAACGGCUUAGACGACUCUUGAAGCUGCCUUUCUAUGGGAUUUUGUCUCACUUGGUUGGCUUUUUGCAGUUAUAUAAAAUGAAAAUGGAAUUAAACAGAGAAAUUAUCUGUUAAAGUAAAGCAGCUUACUGUACCUCCACUGGACUGAUUUCAAUCAUGCUGAGGCUUUUGCUCAAUUUGAGGUAAAAGCUACAUGCAAACUGUGUUCAAAGGGGCCUGCACUGAAGUGCAGAUCUACAAACAACUUACAUGUAGGAGUUUGCAUGCUUGAUGUUUCCCAUGUAUAUUUGUGUCUUGCUGACAUUCCUGUGAAAUGUUUUGGAUGUCCAGCAUAAGACUGUGGGGAGAGGGCUGUGGCUGAAGGACUACUCCACUGCUUCCACAGGCUUUUGCAGCUUAUUUAUAGAAAAUUUCUAAAUAUAGAAAAUUAUUGCUGCCCUCCAUAAAAUUCUCCACUAGAUUAUUAGCUCAUAAUAUGCUCAACUUGAAGUGCCUUGGUUUUUUUUUUGGGUAUCUCCUCUGAAUGUCAAAGUAACUAAAUUGAAUCCCCCCCCCUUUCCCUCUAUAAUAAAAGUUUGCUCUUCCUUGAAACUGCCACAGUGAUUGUGUAGGAGUUGCACCCAAAUCUAAACUCUGCUUCUUGACUACCAGCCAGUGUAAAAGCUUUAAUAAAUGGAAAGUGAAUAAAUAGUA